AUGGUGGGCUGGUUCGGGCCGCCGCACUUGACGGCGGCAAACGCGCAACCGCUGGACUACUCACAGGCGCUUGCAUUGGAGCAGAUCUACUGGAGUGGGGUGUUGAGUCCCCUGGGGGAGGAGCAGCUGGAUGGGACUGGCCAUCACUGGCACGGGCCCCCCACCCAACGAUCUUUCCCCCCUUCCCCCCUCCCCAGGACCAUCACUGUUACGCCCAUCAGUGGGUCCCUUAAAUCGCCAUCAGCGCCCGCCUCCCUCAACCCUGAUCUCCCCACCAUUCCCCGUUACCCACCCAACCAUCUUUCCUCCCUCCCCUUCCCCCCUCUCAGGGCCAUCACGGACAUGCCAAUCAGCGGGUCUCUUCUAGAUGCCAUCAGCAGCGCCCUCUCCUCCCUCACAGCUCUGGCCAUCACGGACACGCCCAUCAGCGGGUCUCUUCUAGAUGCCAUCAGCAGCGCCCUCUCCUCCGUCACAGCUCUGGCCAUCACUGACACGCCCAUCACCGGAUCUCUUCCAGACGCCUUCAGCGCGCUCUCUAACCUCUCCUCCCUCACAGCGCUGUCUUUUGAGUCGACUCGAAAGCCCCCCUCCUCCCCCCAACCCAACCACUCCCCUUCUUCCCCAAUCUCAGGGCCAUCACAGACACGCCCAUCACCGGCUCUCUUCCAGACGCCUUCAGCGCCCUCUCCUCCCUCACAGCGCUUGCCUUCUCCUCCCUCACAGCGCUGUAAGUGCCUUCCCCUCCCUCACAGCGCUGCAAGUGCCUUCUCCUCCCUCACAGCGCUCGCUGUAAGUGCCUUCCCCUCCCUCACAGCGCUGCAAGUGCCUUCUCCUCCCUCACAGCGCUUGCCUUCCCCUCCCUCACAGCGCUGUAAGUGCCUUCUCCUCCCUCACAGCGCUCACCUCACUCCCCUCAUGUCCCGCUCCCAUCCUACCCCUCUCGCCCUUCCGCCCCUCCCAUCCCUCCCCAGCACCAUCCGCAACACCACCCUAGCGGGUCCUCUCCCUUCCGCCCUCCAGUCUCUCUCUCUCCCCCCCAUUGCCUGCUGUCCUUCCCCCUUUCCUCCCCCCUCUCCCCUCCCCCUCCCUCCCUUCCUCUUGCGCUUCCCAUUCCUCCCUCCCCCCUCCCCCCAACACUAUCCGCAACACCACCCUGGCGGGUCCUCUCCCUUCUGCACUCCAGUCUCUCUCACUUCCUCCUGGGGCCUGCUCCUUUCACUCCCCUCGUUCCCCUCCCUCCCCUCCCUCCCCUCCAUCCCGUCAUCCCCCCCCCUUCCCUCCCUCCUGUCCCUCCCCUCUCCCCCUUCCCACCCCCAAGAACCUUACUUACCCCAUGACUCCCCUCCCGCUCCUCCCUCCCCUCCCCAGCACCAUCCGCAACACCACCCUGGCGGGUCCUCUCCCUUCUGCACUGCAGUCUCUCUCAGCGCUGCAAUACCUAGGGACGAGAGGAGGCCGAGCGACAGUGGAAGUGCGGUGAAUUGGGCUGGGCUGGGUCACUGGGCGUGGGUUAACAAGCAAGCAGCCCGUCCUGACUAUUUUGGCUCGCUCUCCGACCUCUUCUUCCUGGACGUGUUUUCCAAUGCCUUUGAAGGGCCCAUCCCUGACUCGCUCACUCUUCUCACCAACCUCGUCCUACUCAAGAUAGGCAACUGGCACCUCAACGGGUCCAUUCCAGGCGACAUAGGCAACUUGAAGGCGCUCACCUUCCUUGAGCUGCAAGGGGCGGAUAUGGAUGGGCCCUUCCCAGAGUCCGUCACUCAACUCACCAACCUUGAAAGCCAAUCACUGCCCCCCUCUCACUCCCUCCCUCUCCCCCCUUCCCCCUGCCUCUCCCCCCUCCAUGAGCUGCAAGGGGCGGAUAUGGAUGGGCCCUUCCCAGAGUCUGUCACUCAACUCACCAACCUGGAACUCUUCCACUUGGGUUUGACAGGCCUGCAUGGCUCGCUGCCGGAUGGAAUCGGCGAUCUGACAAAGCUGAGCAACUUGUGA